CAGCCCUUAGCCCUGCACAGCACACCCCGAGAGUCACCCCGUGGGCUUCUCGAGCUCUGUCGGGCUUGGUGCUGUGACCGCUUCUCCCGGGAGCCCGUUCGGUGCCCGACCACCCUCUGGGGGAAGAACCUUUUCCAGUGCCCAGUUGUGCAGACAUUCUCGCAGUUUUUCCCCCAGAAAACUUCUCAGUGCUGGGAUACAAGUGCUGAGCUGGGCAGGCCCGCACCCGUCGGGUGCUCCCUCGGGAACGCUGCGCCCAACCUGCGGGGAACACAAACCCGGGAGAUCGGGAAGAGGAGUCUGUGAAGAGUGACGGGAUGUGGUGCUGGGAGGUGGUGCCUGACGUGUGUCUGCUGGGCGUGUGCUCAGCAAACGCGGGACAGGAGGGGACUGCAGCGUUAGUGGGAAGGAGAACAGUGACUCCACUGGGAGCACAUCUGGGAAUAGAAAUCGGUCGAAGUUCAAGCCGUAAAUGGGAAGUGCAUUCUCUGUUGAGACAUGCCAUAACACUUCACAGAAGGCUCUGGCGGGAGCUCGCUCUGUGUGCUGUGUGUUCUCACACCGUGGCAGAUCUCAGCAGCUGUAGGUCGUGUCCCUCGGUGGGUUUAUUCCCAAGUGCAGCCACACGUACCGGCAGGGUGAGGGUCUGGUUCUCGGUGGUGUCUCUCGUAAGGUGUUUGUAAAGCAGCUGCUGUCAGAUUAAUCUGUGUUUAAGCUCAGGUGGGUGUGCUGCACUUAGCUGGGCUCUGCACACCUCUGCCUGGAGAAGGGCGCGAAACGCUGGUUUGCAUUACAAGUGAUGAACUGAGCAAACGGGCACUUGGGGGAAAGUCAGAUCAGAGGGAUCAGAGGGAGGAAGUGGAUAAAGACUGGGAAGGCACGGGGUAAAUCCUUAUCAGACAGCUAGGGAGAUUUCUAAAUGGUUUAUACUGACAUGGAUUCCUUGGCUUACCAGUUUCAGAAUGCUGUGGGAGUUCUUUUGGUCGGCCAAUCAGAGACUCUGCAAGUGAAUGAGAACUUCUUUCUACAGAACUGAGGUGAAGGACUUCACCAUGGGUCAACAAAUUUCAAGCCACACACAAACUGUAAUUAACAAGUUGCCAGAAAAAGUAGCAAAGCAUGCCUCUUUGGUUCAAGAAAGUGGUUUCCUAACCUAUGAAGAGUUUCUGGGAAGAGUAGCUGAACUUAAUGAUGUUACUGCAAAAUUGGCUUCUGGACAAGACAAACAUCUGUUAUUUGAAGUGCAGCCUGGUUCUGAUACUUCCGCCUUCUGGAAGGUGAUCGUUCGGAUCAUAUGUACUAAGAUAAAUAAAACAAGUGGCAUCGUGGAAGCUUCCAGAAUCUUGAACUUAUAUCAGUUCGUUCAACUUUAUAAAGACAUCACCAGUCAAGCAGCAGGAGUUCUUGCACAGAGUGAUACUUCUGAAGAAGCUUCUGAGAGUUUGAUGUCUCUGUCACCGUGUCAGGCCAGCUUGUGGAUGGGAAGGGUUAAGCAGCUGACAGAUGAAGAGGAAUGUUGCAUCUGCAUGGACGGGCGCGCUGAUUUAAUCUUGCCGUGUGCUCACAGUUUCUGCCAGAAAUGCAUCGAUAAAUGGAGCGACCGUCACAGGAACUGCCCUGUGUGCCGGCGGCAAGUGACUGGGGCGGGUGAUUCUUGGGUGGUCUCAGACGCGCCUACGGAAGACGAUGUUGCCACUUACAUCCUUAACAUGGUGGAUGAGGCUGGCCAGCCCCACAGACCCUGACCCUGGCCAGGCUGAGCAGAGCAGAGCAGAGCCUCUUGAAGCUUUCGUUUUCAUGGACGUCUGUUUUUACCUCCCGUUGCCGCUCUUCCAGAGUCCGUCUUUUCCGUCUCCUCUUGGCCGCUGGGAAUCGACGCUGCUCCCGUCAAACACUGGGUGUAUGAGCGAGUCUGUGUGUGUGUGCAACCCUAAUGAUCAAACUGUACCUUCAGUAAACUCUUUUGAUAUUAACAGUUCAACUGCUAGAUGAAGCAAUUCGUAACAGCACAACUGCAACUGCUAAUUGCUGUUUGAACAGCACAGUGUUUGCUGCAGAGAUGAACUUGGCUUGACCUCACAGUUCUUGCCCUUAACUGCAGUCCCUUGUAGUGUCACGUGAAUAAAGAUGAUGAGUUAGCACUAGCGAUUGUUAAUUUGAAAUUUUACUGCUGAAACUUGAAGAUGUCCCACUGCCUGUUCUUCAGUAGUCAGUUUUUGCUGCUUUUAGGGUUUACAGAUACUUGUAUCGAUCUGAUCUGUUAUGACUUUUAGCAUUAAUUAUUUUAAAUCUGUUUUGGAGAGUGUAGGCAGCUCCGUACAUGUCCUUGUGCACUUUUCCUUAUUCUUCUGACAAGACUUAUCUCUUAGCCUAUUUUUAUAUGAUGUUUAGCAUAGUCUUAUUAGCUUGGAAAGAUUAAACAGUUUCAUACACAAUCCUAAAAACCAGUAAAUCAGUUUCUCUAUAGUUUUUGAUAAAAAACAGCCAAAAUUAUUUCUAAACACUGGGCAUGUCUGAAGAGAAUGCCUUUAUUUGAAUUAGCAAAUGAGGUGUAGUUUAGUCUGAUGCUGUGGUUUUAUCUGCUCCUCUCGAGUUUUUGAAGUGGUGAAAUCAGAGUUCUAAGGUAUACGAAGAGUUAGGAGGUGAUAGAUAAUCUAAGGGUGCUGUGCUUUUUAUCUACAAGUGCAAUAUGCUUUUAUGUAGCAGAGGGAGACUUCAACAGUAAUGUUGCUUGCAGUGAGAUGUGCAUGUGACAGCUUGGGAAAAGGGAUUUCACAACUGGAGUGCAAUGGCAUUUUGUGUCUAGCAGAGUAAAAUCUUUAAAGAGCUCAGUUUAGGCAGUCCACAAUUGUUAACUAUUCAGGAAACCCAUCCCAAGCCUCUUUUGCAUAAAUAGUGUUAGGGAAGUGAACUGCUGCUGUAGAGAAUUAAUGAAUAAUGUUUUUAAUGUAUAUUAACAAAUAACUACUUUUUCUCACUCAAUAGCCUUGAGUUAAAAUAUUCAAAUGUAGCAUUUGAUGGAAUACCAACAUAAAUCUUGCUUACUGUAAGACUGCGUUUUUAUUUACCAUACUUGUUAAAAUUCAGUGAUGCCAUAAGGUAAGGCCUUUUGUCCCAGACAGGUUCUGAACUCAAAGGCAUGUGCACAUUUUGGUUAUUUUACUGAAUUGGCUACAAAGUAAUUUAAUUACAUUGUGAACUAGAUCUUGAGAACCUCUCUAUUAUACUCCAGUUUGUUAAAGAAUGUGCACAGCAAAUGGCACCUGUUUGAGCUUGGCUUGUGGCACAGUUGUCAAAUGUAUAGACUUUAAGACAGAUAAGCAACCUACUCUUCCUGUGUCUGUUAUCUGAAAGCCAGUAUGGCUUAGUGUGUAAAUCUGUAUUUAGCUAUGGAAAAAUCCAUUUAGGAGUGUAUAUAGCUUAGAACUGAUUUUUUUACCUUUGUUAAGCCAUUGAUAGCAAUGAGAUAUUCUUCAGAAAAUGUAUGGAGUGCUUGGUUGUUAAAAACAGUUUGGUUGUUAAAGGCAGUCAUUGUCUGGGCUGAAAAUUGUAAUGGCCCAGGAUUUUCCACUAAAACAUUUGCAAAUGUUUCUAAUCAUACACUACUUUGGUUUCUUUUUGCUCUUUGAGCUUGCAUUAGUCCAUGCUGAGAGCUCUAAAACAACCUUUGAAUUUUUUAAACUUUUUAUAUCACUGGAACAGAAAGAACAUCUAAAUGAAAGCUUCAAGCUAACUUUAUUUUUCAAGUAUUUGAAGAAUUAUUCUUCUGAACUGAGAUUUUAUAAGUUGACUUUCUGCUGAGAACUUACAUGAACUUCUUAAAUUGUAAUUUUAUAAUGAUGCAAACAGGUUGUUAAUUGCAGCAUAAUGACACUUGCAAUUACAAUAUAAACUAAUGCAAAAAUUAUUUAAAUAGUGAAAAAGUAAACUUUGUAUUCUGUACAGCUUUUUUAAAUUAAGUUGCUGUAAUUCACACUGCUGUGAUGUAGGUACUGUAAUGUGUGCCUUGUAAAAUAUAUGUACUGUAUGUUAUAUGGAAUAAUAGGUAUAUUAACACUGACAAACUAGUAAUUUGGUUUUGGUUGGUAUUACUUAGUCUGAAGGGCGACAUUUAGUAAAAAAUUUUGGAAAAGGAAUCCCACUGGCAUGGAGAUGGCAAUGAGUUCCAGAAGCUAGACCUUGAAAAUGUGAAUUACUACAAAUAACUGUUAGUGGGGGGCAUUACAACAAAUUAACUUUCUUGUGUUAAGUGAACAUUUCUUACAGGUUUAAUGUGAAAUUGUAAUUUAAACAUUAGAGAUCGUAUUAAUGGCUAAGGACAUUCCACUGUAAUAAACUUUGUGUAUGAAUUGUGCAAUAAAGUUACUUUGGGAGAAA